AGGCUCCUGGCUUUAUAACAGCGUGGCGGUGCACGCAGUGACUCCUGGCAGAUUCCUGGGCUGGCUGCAGAGUGAGGAGGCAGCAGCUAACCCUCCUAAUGAUGAUUUUCCUCUUGCAGUAUUUCUUCUUGCUGGCCACAGACUUAGUGCUCGCCAUGACCCUUUCCUGCCUCUUUUAUGCCUUCGCAUGUAUUUCCAUUGUGUUUCUGACCUGCUGCAUUAUCAUCUUCUCCUUUGGCACUGCGGAGAGGAACGCUGAUGUGAAAGGGAGAGCAAUUGUAAUUCUUGUGUCCAACAGCUCCAUUGGGAGGAUGUUUGCAAGGAACCUGGAUAAAGCAGGUUUCGGGGUGUCUGCUGCACAGUGGUCUGCUCAAGAGGAGAGGACAGUGACAGAAGAGUGCUCAUCGAACAAGGAGGUAGCCCAGCUCCACCUGACUGAAGACGAGUAUCAGAAGACAGUGAAAACCUUCAUAGAAAGCCACUUAUCCCUGAAAGGCAUGUACGGGAAGAUGAGGAAGCCAUCCAUCCUGAUCUGGGAUGAAGGGGCAGCAGACACGCACGGGGUACUCGCGCCAAAGCCCUCCUGUGAGAGGAAGAAGGCUUUCAAGGCUCCACGCAGGAACUGCUUAUUGCGGACAGCUCUCUGCAUCUCAGUUCUCUUUCACCCACUGACCUGUGUCCUGACUCUCCUGAAGAGAAGCCCAAAGCUACUCGUACCUCUGCUCAAGUCCAAAAACUGACAGGUGAAGCAGCACCCUCACAGCUCAGUUACCUGCCAGAGGCAACCAGCACCUCCUGCACCUCUUUCACCUUUGGUGGGACAGGGAAGGGGACCCACGUGGUGGGGAGAGGGCUGGGAGAACAGCCCAGGAGCAGCCUCCUGCAGCACGGUGAAAGCUCAAGGAUGCUGCCUUUCAGCACCAAUGUGGCCCUGAGGAGUCCAGCCCAGUGCACAGCAGUACAAACACAAGACCAGCCAGCUCAGUCUCCAACACUGAGGCAGAGCAUUAAUUGCUCUCCAGCAUCUCACUGGAUUUUAAGAUGCACAAUAGUUACUUUUAAAGGGCAACCCUCAAAAUAUCCUGUCUCUGUUCACUGUUGGACCAUCUCUCCCCAGCUCCUGUAGUCUUACUGCUGCAGGCUCCAAAGACCCUUGAAUUCCAUUUACUCCACCACAUGGCUGGAAGAACAAUUGAAAUGGUGUUCCCCAACAUCCCUGCUUGAAAGGAAGCACCCAGAGCACUCUAUGAUUCUCUGGUCCAGGCUUUAGGACAGGAGAGAAAACAGAAAAAAAAUUAAAACCAGAAAAUAAAAAGUCAGACAGUUCAUUAUAUGAUCUGCCAGUGUCCCCAGUGGGCAGUCUAAUCUUUCCUUGCUAAAGGGGAGAGGGUCCCUGGCUCUCCAUCUAACACUACUGCACAUGCCUGGUUCUCAGUAGCAUUUUUAGCCUGAGUGUUGGAUCAGGGCCAUAGAGCAGGCUCUGAUGCUCUGUGGGACACAGAGGUGGGUACAGCCUGUGUCACCAGUGCCUGCUGCAGCAGCUGGGCUGAGGCAGCACAUGCAGCCCAGCAGCAGCAGGAGUGAACUCAGGGAAAUGAGCAAACAGCACCAAAGAGCUAAAACUCCUGCUGUCUUUCAGCCAGCAAGGAAACCCACAGAGCACUACACAUUGGCACUGUCACACCACAAUGGAAAAUAGGAGCAUAGCUGGGAUCAGAAGUGACAAACUCCUGGCAGCAGGAGACUAUGAGCAGUGACUUCAAUUGCAAGCCAACAAAAAAAUGUGGAUGAGGACAGAAAACACCUUCAGAAUCAUCCCAUAGGCCUGCAACUCCCUUGCAAGCCUAAUCUGUAAGGAAGAGAACACUAAGACACUGAAAUUUUGGAUUGUUCAUUACAAUGCUGUACUGUGUGCACUGGGAUGUGCACAGAGGAAAAAACAUCUGACAUGAAAGGAAAUAAAGAAAGAACUCUGCUGGGACGCAAAACACUAGGGCUUGGUUUUCAUUAUCUAAUGCCACAACUCAGAACUGCCUGACUGAUGAUAAGAGAUGUCACCCUCCCAGGGAGCUAGAUCCAGAGAGGAAAAGGAAACCUUUCAAAACAGCUCCUGUAAGACAUUAAACCAGUUUAAUAUCAAAUCAUACGGAAAACAAAUAUUUUAAUUCUGUAACAUCAAAGCACUGAGAGAGACCAUGAUAAAGCAGAAAAUUCCUGAAUUAAAAGCUUGAGGUUUUAAUUUGGCAAAUAACCAGUUACAUGAAUAAUGCCAAACCCAUAUAUUCUGCAGAAAAUCCAGGAAAUGUUUCCUUUAGUCAGAACCCUGCUCUGAGCCAGUGUUGUCAACUCUCUCAAGGCAAAAUCCCAUUAUGUGCACAUAACCCUGUACAAUUUCAGCUGAUAACCAUUAUUUUCUCCUCCAAAAUAGAGCAGGGAACAUGUGUGGGCUGCUGCAUGGCUACUGCUUCUCUCCUAGAGUGACCUUCAAGCAAAGGAUGCUGCCUGCUUGUGCACACUGCAGUAUUCAUGGUCUGAUAUUAGCAACAUUAUGUGAGCAAAGCUCCUGAAGACCUCAGUGGAAGUUUUGCUGGCCUGAGGACUUAGGAAUGGCCUACAUGUGUUUAUAAAGCUUUCCAGUCCAUUGGGAUAUAGGCAACUGUGUGCAAGCAGAAAAUUAUCACUGUGAGGCAAUACCACCAUGAGAUAAAUUAUAACUGCACUUAAAAGUAUGUUUAACUCAAAUUAGUGAUAUCAAACAAACACUGAAGUUAUAGACUGCUGCCGCUGACUAAGGGAUCUGAAUGCCCAGAUGCUUUUAAUCUGAGUGGCAAUGAGGGAUUUGAAUUCCUUAAAUAGUGUUGAAUGUUGCAUCACUAACGUAUAACACAGAAACAUGAAAGCAACUGGCUUUUCAAACCUACAAACCUGGCCAAAAGAUUCUGGCAACAUCUUUUUAGACACAUCUCCCCAAGCAUACAGUCAUUAAAAUUAGAGAUUCAGAAAAUCCUGAAAGCAUUCCAAGUCUA